AUGCGGGACAGACUGAGGCACCUACAUCAGGUGCAGACCGACUCUGAAGGCUUCAGUACAGUGGAGCUGGAGAACUUUGAGCAAGCAACAGCAGCAGCAUCAGAUUCUGACCAGGACCUGGACGCCGUCCUGCAGGAGGCCCAGCAGAUCCGUCUGGAGAUCCAGCAGAUCCAGAACGACAUCAGCGAGUUAAAGGAUGUGAACUACCAGGCUUUGAACAAGACCUCCUUUCCUUCUGUAACAAAACGGGACGCAAAUGUGAUCGGAGCAGACAUAAAACGCAGAGGAGAAGCUGUUCUGCAUCGACUGCACAUGAUGAAUGAUCUUCAGGGACAACUGGAGGCUCAGCGUGGAAGUUCUCAUCCCACAGCAAGAAUCGCUCGGACGCAGUACCACUGCCUCAGCAACGCUCUGAGGGAGGUGAUGUUCAGCUACAACGACACUGAGAUGAACCACCGGGAGGCCUGUAAGCGGCAGAUCCAGAGGCAGAUGGAGGUGGUGGGCAGGGAGGUGAGCGAGGAGGACCUGGAGGAGAUGAUGGAGGACGGAGAAGUGACUGUGUUCAGCGCCCAGCUUCAGGGGAAAACCGCCCACUCGGCCUUCCAGCAGAUAGAGAGCCGCCACCAGGAGCUGCGGGAGCUGGAGAAGAGGAUCGAGGGGAUCCAGGAGCUGUUCCUGGACGUGGCCGUGCUGGUAGAGGAGCAGGGCGUGGCCGUGGAGAACAUCCAGAAGAACGUCCAAACUGCUGAAGUGAGCCUUCAAGAAGGCAUCGGCAAGCUGGAAAGAGCCACCGCAUCUGAUAAAAACAACCCCUUUAAGAAGCUGUUCUGUGGCUGCUUCCCCUGUUAUUACCAGUAGAUCUAAUGAUCCUCUAAUGAUUGUAAAAAUGUUACAAGACUGUAUUUAAUGGCACUUUUUCCCCUAAAUGAAGACAAACCCAUAGAUGUACGACACCAUGAGAACAUAUCUGUUCAUUGGAAGGUUUUAUGUGAAUAAAGAAAGAACAAACUUGCA